AUGAGUCCAGUAGAGAAACCUGUGGAGGUCGAAAAGCCAAAAAUGCCUAAAAGAAGGUUUGUUGGAAAGAAACCUCAAAACGUUACUAUAAAAGAGGGCGAACAACCAUUAGCUAAAAUUGUCAAUCCAACAAGACAUAUCGGUAGAGUAAUGAAUCAAAUCCCAGAAGAUAUUUUGAAUGAUAAGGAAUUAAAUGAAGCCAUCAAACUAUUACCGUCAAACUAUAAUUUUGAAAUUCAUAAAACAAUUUGGAAUGUCAGAAAAAGGAAUUGUAAAAGAGUAGCAUUACAAAUGCCUGAAGGGUUAUUGAUUUAUUCUUUGAUUAUUUCUGAUAUAUUGGAACAAUUUUGUCAAGUUGAAACAAUAGUCAUGGGUGAUGUGUCAUAUGGAGCCUGUUGUAUAGAUGAUUAUACUGCUAGAUCUUUGGAUUGUGAUUUCAUCGUACAUUAUGCCCAUUCCUGUUUAGUCCCCAUUGAUAUCAUGUCCAUUAAAGUAUUGUAUGUAUUUGUCACUAUUAAUAUUGAUGAGACUCAUUUGAUAAACACUAUUAAAUUGAAUUUUGAAAGAGGGUCACAAAUAGCUAUAUUUGGAACUAUUCAAUUCAACCCUACCAUUCACAGUGUUAAGGCAAAAUUGGAGAAUGAUGCUGAUAAACCAAUGUACUUAAUUCCGCCACAAACAAGACCGUUAUCUAAAGGAGAAGUCUUGGGUUGUACAUCAGCCAGGCUAGACAAAGAGCAUAUCAAAGCAAUGAUUUAUAUAGGCGAUGGGAGAUUUCAUUUAGAAAGUUCUAUGAUUCAUAAUCCGGAGAUACCAGCAUAUCGAUAUGAUCCUUAUUCAAGAAAGUUUACUCAAGAAUACUAUGAUCAUAAACAAAUGAUAGAUGUUAGAAAAGAUGCUAUUUCCACAACAAAAUAUGCCAAGAAAGUAGGGCUAAUACUAGGUGCUUUGGGAAGACAAGGAAACCCUAUAACAUUAGACAAAUUGGAAAAGGCAUUAUCUGAAAAGGGCAUACAAGUGGUGAAAAUCAUUUUAAGUGAAAUAUUGCCUCAGAAGUUGGCUAUGUUUGAUGAUGUGGACGCCUUUGUUCAAGUUGCUUGUCCCAGGUUAUCGAUCGAUUGGGGCUAUGCCUUUAACAAACCUUUAUUGACUCCUUAUGAAGCAAUGGUAAUGUUAGAGAAAGAUACAAUGGGUGAUGAGAAAGUUUAUCCUAUGGAUUAUUAUUCUAAAGAUGGGUAUGGAAGAGGUUCAAUACCUGAUCACUCCCAUUUGACUACAUAA